GUGAUUACGUGAUUAGUGAUUAUGUCAAUAUGCCCGGCAGUUGAUGGUUUGGUAAAAUAUUGGUUUGGUUAAUGAAUGAAUUGCUGAAUUUCGCGUUUGAUAUUUGUGUUUUAAAUAAUUGUAUUCGAAUUUCUCACUAUUAAUUUUGAAAUACAUCAAAAAUCUCUUCUCCACUUCUUUCAGACUAUGUCACGCUGAUAACUUUAAUUCACUCGCGGAAGUGUCUAGAAAAGUUAUUUCCUUUGCGAUUUCAAAGUUGGCAGUUCAUUUGAAUCGGAAAUAAUAUUAUGGAAGGUGGGCAAACGCAACACAACAUCGAGCCCGUGUCCUUAGAUAAUGAUCAUCGAUGUAAAAAACGUAUUAGAGAAACGAAACGAAAAGCGAGACCAGAGUUGGACAAAGAGGCGUGGUAUCAAGCGAAGUAUGCCGACCACUUCGAUGAAUUUAAAAGAUUUGAGGACAACACGGAAAGAAUCUCGGUGAAAUGCGUUUCGCCGGAGGAAUUCAUCGAACGUUUCGAAAAACCGUACAAGCCAGUUGUAAUUCAAGGCGCAACGGAUCAUUGGAAAGCAACCGAAAAAUGGACCGUACCCAAAUUAUACAAGAAAUACCGCAAUCAAAAAUUCAAAUGCGGAGAAGACAACGAAGGAUACAGUGUGAAGAUGAAGAUGAAAUACUAUAUUAAUUAUAUGGUGUCCAACAAAGAUGAUAGUCCAUUAUAUAUUUUCGAUAGUAGUUUUGGAGAACAUCCCAGAAGAAAAAAAUUAUUAUUAGAUUACACGAUACCCCGCUACUUUCAAGACGAUCUGUUCAAGUACGCUGGUGAAGCCAGACGGCCUCCUUACAGGUGGUUUGUGAUGGGACCCGGCAGAUCUGGAACUGGAAUCCAUAUAGAUCCCCUGGGUACUAGCGCGUGGAACGCCUUGAUUACGGGUCAUAAAAGAUGGUGUUUAUUUCCUACCCAUACUCCUAAGGAAUUGAUCAAAGUAACUUCGGCCGAAGGAGGUAAACAAAGAGACGAAGCUAUUACAUGGUUUAAAGUUAUUUAUCCUCGAACAAAACUGCCUAGCUGGCCUAAAAACUGCCAACCGAUUGAAAUAUUACAAGGACCUGGUGAUACGGUCUUUGUUCCCGGUGGAUGGUGGCACGUUGUAUUAAAUUUGGAUUUAACGAUCGCCGUUACUCAGAAUUUUUGCAGUCGAACUAAUUUCCCCGUAGUAUGGCAUAAAACGCUUCGUGGUAGACCAAAGUUAUCGAAAAAGUGGUAUAAGCGUUUAAAGAAAGAAGAGCCUGAAUUAGCGGCAAUUGCGGACAGUAUAGAUUUAAAACAAGAUACUGGCAUCGCAUCUGAUAGCUCGAGUUGUUCAUCAUCGAGCAGCUCUUCAAGUGAUUCUUCAGAUAUGUCUUCCUCAUCUAGUGAUAGUGACGAAAGCGAUAGUGACAGUGGACAAGAAUCGUUGUCAGCUCAUAAAAAAAGAAGAAAAAUGUCCUCCAGAUAAUGAUGAAAAAUGCUCUGUUUCAUAAGACUGGAAGUUGAAUUCUUCAGAAACUUCACCUUAAAGCGUCAAUUCAUUAUCAUUUCAAUUUUCACUGUUCAAUUUUUGGUUCAACUUGAUGCGCUAGUACCUUGGAUAUGUCUAUGGAAACGAAUUAUAAAUGGAAAGAAAAUUUUAAAAUUCAAGCUGCAGUCAUUUAUUUAAUGGAUGGCAUCCCAUCGAUAAAUUAUUUUGCAAAGCUGUGUAAUAAUUGAUCUGAAACUAAGAGUGAAUAUUUUGAGUUGAAA